AUGACUGUCAUGCCGCCUGUGCGCCAUCGGCCCGCGGCCAAGAGGCCCAUGUGGAUAAUCGUGCUCCUGUGCCUCGUCUGCGUCGUGCUGAUCGGGGCGUACGUGUACCCGCCGCGGCACUACUCGCAGUGCUACCUCUCUGCUUCUAGCGUCUGCACGCCGUUCAAGGACUGGCUCCCGUCCAUCGGCCGCCGGGAGAAAACCGAUGACGAGAUCAUCUCAGCCGCCGUUAUCAGGGAUAUCCUUGGAAUGCCCAUGUCCACGUCGAAGAAUCCAAAGAUUGCUUUUAUGUUCUUGACACCUGGCUCACUGCCCUUCGAGAAAUUGUGGGAGAAGUUUCUGCAGGGUCAUGAGGGAAGAUACUCCAUCUAUGUGCACGCAUCGCGUCAGAAGCCUGUGCAUACUAGUUCUCUUUUUGUUGGCCGAGAUAUUCAUAGUGAUGCGGUUGUAUGGGGAAAGAUUUCAAUGAUAGAUGCAGAGAAGAGGCUAUUAGCAAAUGCGCUGGAAGAUGCGGAUAAUCAAUUUUUUGUCUUGCUUUCUGAUAGCUGUGUUCCGCUUCAUUCAUUUGACUAUGUCUUUAAUUACCUGAUGGGAACAAACAUCAGUUUCAUUGAUUGUUUCCAGGAUCCUGGUCCACAUGGAAAUGGAAGGUAUUCUCUUGAGAUGCUUCCUGAAAUAGAGGAGAGAGACUUCAGAAAGGGUGCCCAGUGGUUCGCAAUCACGCGAAGACAUGCUUUAUUGAUUCUGGCGGACAACCUUUACUACAAGAAGUUCAAGCUAUAUUGCAAGCCAGCAGAUGGGCGCAACUGUAUUGCUGAUGAGCAUUAUUUGCCAACCCUAUUCAAUAUGGUAGAUCCAGGUGGAAUAGCUAAUUGGUCGGUUACACAUGUGGAUUGGUCUGAGGGGAAAUGGCAUCCAAGGUCAUACGCAGUUGCUGAUGUCAGCUAUGAUCUGCUAAAGAAUAUAACAGCCGUUGAUGAGACCAUCCAUGUAACAAGUGAUGACAAGGUAUGGGCAACAAUUUUGCUUCAGUAUUUUUCUUCUAGAUCUUGCCCGAUUACUUUUCCUUUGAUUAUCUGCUAG